GUGUUUCGAGAAGGACUUCCUGGAAGAUCAUGGAAGUGAGCAUGCUUCCAUGCGCGCACGCGGUCGUCGAGGGUUGAGGGGGCCGCCAGGAGCUCCAAAGCUUGGCGAUAGCCGUGGGUCACGGAAGGAAGAGGGGGUGGUGGGGGUGGAGAAGCAGGUUGGGAAGGUGGCCGCCGCGGCGGGCCUGGGUGCGGGCCGCAAGGACGCGGCGCGCAGGCACGUAGGACAAACGGGCGGCGCGUCGGAAGCGGCGGGCGGGGGUCGGGUGAGCACGGGCGGUGCCCGGAAGGGGUGGCAGUGGCGGGCGGAGCCCGGCAAGGGUGACUACCGGCUGUACAAACUGGGCCUGGGCACGCCGCCUGUACUGAGUCCUGUCGCUCUGUGUCGCUUCCUGGUCCUCCCCCCUUUUUGUUUCUUCUGGGGAGCGACAACU